CGGGAAGCCGAAUUUGGCGCGAGAUCUGUUGUUUUGGCAGGUCUGUUCGUACAUUGCAGAUAGUGAAACACCCGGGCUUUCUAAAUAGAUAUGGCUCCAGUUUCCACCGACAAAGACUUUGACAGCCCUGAUGGUGGUGCAGAUGACGGCUGUGGCUUGGCUGUGUCUCGCUCCAGGAGGGAGAAGAAGGAAAAGGUGGGGCGUAAGUCUGCUCUAGAGCAGCUGAAAGCGGCUAAGAGGGGUGAGAAGUUGAAAUACGAGGUGGAGGACCUGACCAGUGUAUAUGAGGAGGUGGAUGAGGAGCAGUACUCCCGCCUUGUUCGCGAGCGACAGGAUGACGACUGGAUUAUUGACGACGAUGGGACUGGCUAUGUGGAGGAUGGGAGGGAGAUAUUUGAUGAGGAAUUGGAGGAUGAUGCCCUGGACAAAGGUAAAGCUGUCUCUAAAGCAGUGGCUUCGAAGGACAAGAAGAAUGUGAAGAAAACUGCUGUGAUGAAGCCCAACAGCAUUAAGAGCCUGUUCAUGGCCAGCAGUGUGAAAAAGCCUGCAGAGAGGGAUGUUGAUCUAUCUAAAGAUGACCUUUUAGGAGACCUGUUGCAAGACCUGCACUCUGAGAAACCCUCCCCGUUUGCACCUCCGCCGGUCAUCUCCCUGAAGAAAAAGAAACCCCCAAGAGUGCCUCUGAACCCCUUCUCCGUCCAACCCCAGGCCCCCAAGGAUUCCCCCUCUCCCAUCGGAUCAAAAGUCAGGGCGAUGGGUGCAGGUGCCAGACCAGCGCCAGCCGCCCGGACACCCAGGGCUCAGCCCCUUCCCUCCCCAGCCCCCCCAACCAGCCAGAGCCUGAGAGUGACGGUGGAGGAGGCUGAUGCAGACGGGGCUUUGCAGUUCGAUGACAGGGACUUUGACGAGCCCAUGGAUGUUGGAGGCGAGGAGCAGGAGGCGGUAAAAGAGGAGACGCAGCCUGAGCCCCUAACAGCUUUGGAAGAGGAGUCCAAGACUGAACUCCAGAAACCCCUGCUUCACUCGGGUGUGUUCAGUGAGGGAGGCUGGGAGGCCGAGACCAGUGAGCCUGUGGUGGAGGUGCAGGUGGACUCCAGCCAGCUGCCCAUGGUGGAGGGCCCUGAUGGCGAGCUGGCCUUCCGCUUCUACUGGCUGGAUGCCUUCGAGGACCAAUACAGCCAGCCCGGUGUGGUCUAUCUGUUCGGGAAGGUGUGGAUCGAGUCGGCUAAGGCACACGUGAGCUGCUGCGUGGCUGUGAAGAACAUCGAGAGAACCAUGUACUUCCUGCCCCGCGAGCGUAAAGUGAACUUGGCCACGGGGGAGGAGACUGACUCAGUGGUGGGCAUUAUGGACGUGUACCAGGAGUUCAGCCUGCUAUCAGAGAAGUUCAAAAUCAUGAAGUUCAAAUCUAAGAAAGUGGAGAAGAACUAUGCCUUUGAGAUCCCGGAUGUUCCCACCCAGUCAGAUUACCUGGAAGUGAGAUAUUCUGCGGAGUUGCCCGCGCUGCCCUCUGACCUGAAGGGGGCGACAUUCUCCCACAUUUUCGGCACCAACACCUCCAGCCUAGAGCACUUCCUGCUCAGCAGGAAGAUCCGCGGGCCCUGCUGGCUGGACGUCAGCUCCCCUCAGAUGAACAGCCAGCCAGUCAGCUGGUGUAAGGUGGAGGCAGUGGCUUCCAGGAGUGACCUGGUAGCUGUUGUGAAGGACCUACCCCCCCCACCGCUUGUGGUGAUGUCCAUCUGCAUGAAGACUGUACAGAAUGCCAAGACGCACCACAACGAGAUUGUGUCCAUGGCUGCACUCGUCCACCAUGAGUUCGCCCUGGAUAAGGCCGCCCCCUCCCCGCCCUUCCAGUCACACUUCUGUGUGGUCAGCAAGCCCAGCGACUGCAUCUUUCCCUAUGACUUCAAAGAGGCUGUCAGGAAGAAGAAUGUAAAGGUGGAAAUUGCUGGAACAGAGCGCAUGCUUUUGGCCUUCUUCCUGGCCAAGAUGCACAAAAUCGACCCAGAUGUGGUGGUGGGUCACGACAUCUAUGGAUUUGACCUGGAAGUGCUCCUGCAGCGGAUCAGCGUGUGCAAGGUCCCACAUUGGUCCAAGCUGGGUCGCUUACGCCGCGCUAACAUGCCCAAACUUGGGGGCCGCAGCAGUUUUGCAGAGAGGAGCGCUACCUGUGGCAGGAUGGUGUGUGAUGUGGAGAUUUCGGCCAAGGAGCUGAUCCGCUGUAAAAGCUACCAUCUGACUGAGCUGGUGGCCCAGGUGCUGAAGGUCGAAAGAGCUUGUGUGCCCCAGGAGAACCUGAAGAACAUAUACAGUGACUCUCUUCACCUGCUCCACCUGCUGGAGCUCAACUGGAUGGAUGCCAAGUUCAUCCUACAGAUCAUGUGUGAGCUGAAUGUGUUGCCACUGGCACUUCAGAUCACAAGCAUCGCUGGCAAUGUUAUGUCCCGCACCCUGAUGGGAGGGCGUGCUGAGAGGAAUGAGUACCUGCUGCUCCAUGCUUUCCAUGAGAAGAACUACAUCGUGCCUGACAAGCAGUUCUUCAAGAAGGCCCAACAAGACCUGGGUGACGAUGAGGACGAUGUGGACGCGGGAAAGGGGAAGACCAGGAAGGUGCGGAGGAAGGCGGCUUAUGCUGGGGGACUGGUCCUCGACCCUAAAGUGGGUUUCUAUGAUAAGUUCAUUCUGUUGCUGGAUUUCAACAGUUUGUACCCCUCAAUCAUUCAAGAGUUUAACAUCUGCUUUACGACCGUGCAAAGGGAGGAGCCAGGGACAAGGAAGCAGAUCGCAGAGGAAGACUCUGAUGAGAUCCCAGAGCUGCCAGAUCCAGACCUUGAGAUGGGGAUUCUCCCCAGAGAGAUUCGCAAACUUGUGGAGAGGAGGAGACAAGUCAAACAGCUGAUGAAGCAGCAGGACCUGCACCCAGACCUUUACCUACAGUAUGACAUCAGGCAGAAGGCUCUGAAGCUGACCGCUAACAGCAUGUACGGCUGCCUGGGGUUCUCUUUCAGCCGCUUCUACGCCAAGCCACUCGCCGCACUGGUCACCCACAAGGGCCGAGAGAUCCUGAUGCACACAAAAGACAUGGUGCAGAAGAUGAACCUGGAGGUGAUCUACGGAGACACCGACUCCAUUAUGAUCAAUACCAACAGCUGCACCCUGGAUGAGGUCUACAAGCUGGGCAACAAGGUGAAGGCCGAGGUGAAUAAGCUCUAUAAGCAGCUGGAAAUCGAUAUCGAUGGAGUGUUCAAAUCCCUGCUGCUGCUGAAGAAGAAGAAGUACGCGGCCCUGUGUGUGGAGCCCACUGGGGACGGCCGCUACACCACCAAGCAGGAGCUGAAGGGGCUGGACAUUGUGCGCAGGGACUGGUGUGACUUGGCUAAAGACUGCGGGAACUACGUGAUUGGACAGAUCCUGUCGGACCAGAGCCGGGACGCCAUCGUGGACAACAUUCAGAGGCAGCUGAUUGAGGUGGGAGAGAGGGUGGUGAACGGGACUGUCCCACUCACACAGUUCCUGAUUCACAAGGCUCUCACUAAAGAUCCUCAGGACUACCCUGAUAAGAAGAGCCUCCCCCAUGUGCACGUGGCUCUGUGGUUAAACUCCCAGGGGGGCCGCCGGGUCAAAGCGGGGGACACAGUGUCCUACAUCAUCUGUCAGGAUGGCUCGAAUCUGAGCCCCAGCCAGCGGGCAUACGCCCCGGAGCAGCUGGAGAAGCAGACGGGACUGUCACUGGACACGCAGUACUACCUGGCACACCAGGUCCACCCCGUGGUGUCCAGAAUCUGUGACCCCAUCGAAGGCAUUGACGCUGUGCUCAUCGCUACCUGGCUGGGUCUGGACCCCUCCCAGUUCCGUGCGCAGCAGCAGCAGCAGCGGGAGGAUGAGACGGGGGCCGUGUUCGGGGCCCCCGCCCAGCUGACUGAUGAGGAGCGUUACCGUGACUGCCAGAGAUUCACCUUCAACUGUCCAGAGUGCAACACUGAAAACAUUUAUGACUCUGUGUUCCAGGGAGCGGGGACGAUGGUGGAGCCCAGCCUCUUGCGCUGCUGUCACAUCCCGUGUGGGGGCCGUCCCAUCGAGCACCUCAUCCAGAUUGGCAGCAAGCUCCUUCUGGACAUCCGCCAUCACAUCCACAGAUACUACAGUGGCUGGCUGGUGUGUGAAGACCAGGCGUGUCAGAACCGCACCCGACGACUGCCGGCCGCCUUCACCCGCGCCGGCCCUGCCUGUCCGGCCUGCUCCAAGUCCACGCUGCGUCCUGAGUACUCUGAGAAAGCCCUGUACAACCAGCUCUCAUUCUACCGAUUCAUCUUUGACUGGGAAUAUGCCUUCAACAAGGUGCUGACGCACCCCCAAGAGAAAGCUUUGAUUAAAGGAUUCAAGGCAGAGAAGGAAGUCUACCGCAAGCUGAAAGACAUUGCUGACCGCGCCCUGGCCACCAGUGGCUACUCCGAGGUCAAUCUUAGCAAGUUGUUCCAGGUCUUCACCUCACUGAAGUAGUCCUUCCCCCACCCUGCCAGCCUCAGCCCUGUCCCAUGCAACAAUUGGCCAGCCAGAUUGGUUCAUCCUCAAAGACAAUUGACAAUGUGCUCCUUUUGAAAUAUUUUUUGUGAGAGUUCCAAGUCUAAAUCCCAAGGUUCCCUCUUUCUUGUGGGAGGGCCAAACUGGGCCAAUGGCAUUACUGACAACCAACCAACCAACCAAACACACGCUCACACACGCUCACACGCUCUCACACACACACACACACACACUCACACUCACACUCACACUCACACUCACACUCACACUCACACUCACUCGCACACACACACACUCACUCAUGCCUUACUUCAUGGUUUAAUCACCUUGGAGAUUGCUACAUUGGACAUGGUUAAGUACCUGCCAGGCUGCAGUCUUGACACGCAUCCAUUCUGAUUCCCGUCUUUCUUAAUCGAUGUAAAAUCUGUUGUAAAGUGGCUUCACGACACGGGAGGGGCUAAACCCCUCUUUAGCCAAGCAAACAGGCAUCAGUCUUGAAACCUCCAGCCACUUCAUGUACACACGCUGCACAGUGUCUUUUGGGGGAAGCGGAGGCUCACUUUGAAGCACGCUGGGUGGGGGCAGAGAUCACAAUCAGGGUAAAUGUCGCAGAGCUGUAGGUGAAUCGGGGGCCUGAUGGGCUCCACACUCUGUAAUGACUUCUGUUAGCUCCACUAUCACCUCAACAAGAAGGCUAUUAACUAACCAAUGCGAAACUGCAGCCACCAUUCAGAGGUUCAGAGUGGGAGUAACAUGUGGUUUUGUUAGGAACUGUUGGUUGGUUUUUUGUUUUUCUUCAGCUUUUUAAAUGGUGGAUUAAUCUCCACAUAAUCUCCACAAAGUAGUUAUCUGUUUAUGGCUUGGCUUUUAUCUAUGCCACAAGCGCCAACAAAAUACUGAUUUGUCUGUCGUCUUUAAUAAUUGUGCUUUUAUGGUUUGCAUGUAAUAUUGUUAAUAAAAAUUGUAAAGCAUUUGAUACUGAAAUUGAAAUAAAGUCUUUAAUGACA